GGAUGUGAGGUGAGCGCGAGCCGCGACCUUUGAAGGAAAGAAGGAAGUGCUUGGGCGUCGCAGAGCGGGAGAAGCGGGCUAAGAGGGAGCAGUAUGUCCGCGGAAGUCCCCGAGGCAGCCUCCGCGGAGGAGCAGAAGGAAAUGGAAGACAAAGUGACUAGUCCAGAGAAAGCUGAAGAAGCAAAAUUAAAAGCAAGGUAUCCUCAUCUGGGACAAAAGCCUGGAGGUUCAGAUUUUUUAAGGAAACGAUUGCAGAAAGGGCAAAAAUAUUUUGAUUCUGGGGAUUACAACAUGGCUAAAGCAAAAAUGAAGAACAAGCAACUUCCUACUGCAGCUCCGGAUAAGACAGAGGUCACUGGUGACCACAUUCCCACUCCACAGGACCUUCCUCAACGGAAACCAUCUCUUGUUACUAGCAAGCUGGCUGGCUGAUUAAAAGAGCUGAACUGCAUGAAUCUUCUAAUUCCCAUUAUUUCUCCUUAAUAUGUUACUUCUCCACUUUUUAUUUCCUUUCACUCACUAAGUCAUUUGAGAGUUAUGGCUUUGCAGGUAGUGGUAGUGUGUGUGUAAGGGAAUAUACAUGUGUAGAGUUUUGAUUAGUUUAACAGUGCACUGAUGAAAAGAACAUGUUAGAGCAAUGUAAAGUAAUCUACUUGAAAAUAAUUGUAUAUAUUACCUAACUCCUAGUGUAGGGCUGGUUCCAACAAGUAACAAGCAAGUUUUACAGUUUUGGCUUUCUUUAAUUCAUCUUAAUUAUAGCUUUGUAUGUUACUCUUAUUUAAUGUAACCUCUAUUGUAUUGAUUUCUUGUGUAUUUUCCUUUUGGAUUUUGUAAAACAGAAGUUUAAGACCACAAGUUAGAAGAAAGGUCACAUAUUUCAAACACAAAUAGAUGGGGCUUCAAAAGAUUUGUAUCCUGUGCUUGAACUUGAAUGGCCUUAAAUCUGUUUCAGCUUUAACAAUAGAAUUUUACUUGGGCAAUAUUUGCCCAUUCUGGUGUAACUUAUGUGACUCUAGUGCUUAACAGCUGCUGUUGAAGCUAGUAUUAUUAUUCAGUUCUUUAGUGUUAGAAUACCUUUUGUUGUUGAAGAUGUGAAUGAAGUGUGCAUGUGCAUCGACUGUUCAAUUCACUUUUGUGCCAUUUUUGUAAAUACAGUAGUUUUGCACAACCUCUCACAACUGUCUGUAUUAAUUUCACAUAUUAAAGAGUAGAUGAUGUGCCAACCAGAAGCACAAGAGUUCCUACACAAAACCCUGUGUCAUUAGAGCUUCUGCAUAGUAAGAGUAGUUUACAGUCUUGGGGUUAUAGAAUACCAAACUGAAAUCUUUGCUCAGUCUGCCAUAGACUUAAGCUUUUUCAUUUGUUCCUCAUAUCCAUGACAUUCAGUGGCCUUGUGCAAAUAUGAUAUGUUGCUUAGGCAUAUCUUUUGUCCUAUGCAGAACAUUUCAUUUUGACUUUUAUGAAAAUUACAAUUCAUGUAAUUUAUAUAAACUUUUUUAAUGUAGAAACUUUUUACUUCCACAGUCAAUUUUGGGGACACUAGAAUAAAAUACUUUGCCUCCUGUGGCCCCUCCCUUCUUUUUUUCUUGCUUCUUUGACUCAAAUUGUGUUGGGCUGUGCCGUGCAGUCUCUUCAGAAACAUAGGUGUCUAUAUCUUGAAAUUUGCUCUGUUGAAUGCUGUAUAUUCUAACACAAUAAUGAUAUUUUCCUUAUAAUUUCUCAGUUGUUGAUUAACCACUCUUAAUCCUGUAUUGUUAAGAAUUGACAAUUGUUUAAAUAAAAGGAAAUUUAUAAUGAAACAAAUAUUUGAGAAGAUUGGCCCAGGAACCUAGUCAGGAUGAGCUGAAUUUUAAGUAAUUAUAAUGAGCUAAGUGAAUUAGGCUUGUGACAAUUAGAGAAAUUUACAUGAUAGGUGGAACAUAUUCAUAAUAAAUACUUAGAUAUUUUGUUUCUAUAGAUGUCACUUUAAUAAAAUAUAAUACUUGUGGUUUAUCUAGUUAGUAAGAACUUUUAAUUAACAGACUUCACUGGGACAAAUUUACUGGUCUUUUAGGCGCUCUUCCCAUGAUGCUGAGGAUAUGUAGGCUGAGAUGAUAGUAUAUUUUUCUUCAUCUUUGACUUGUGCAGGGCCUCCCCCUCUUUUGGAUCCAGGCAUCUUUUCUGGAACUUGGCUCCAUUUGUAUACCUGCUUUCCUAUGACCCCAAAUCACCAUAGAUGGUGCCUUGAGCAUAGUACCUGCACUUAAAGGCUGCCUAGCUCUCUGAGGAAAACUUGCUGAUUAUCUUCCUGCUUCACCCACCCCAAAAGGCAGAAAACAACAAAAUCGAUAAUGUGCUAAUUUGUUAUUAUGAGGAUUAGUUAUAUAUAAAUAGAUUUGUAAUGGGAGUAAGUAGGUUGUUCCAAAGUAUGUAUAAUCAUUGUAGGAUUAUUUAAGGAUUACAAAAUACCCCAAAGUAGAAUAUCUAGUGGUUUUGUUUUGUUCUGUUUUUGUGACUGUUUGCAAGCUAGCACCAUCAAAUUCACACACACAUCAGAGAUUAAUCGGAAAGAUCAGACCACGUUACUGAUUAUGGUAGGACUCCUGUUAUGGUUUGCGACAAGUGACGUAAUCUCUGCCUGAGUUUUCAUUUGUAAAAUACAAUACUAAUAUUAACCUACCUCGAAACUUGUUGAGGAUUUGUGAAAUACUGAGUAAGUGCCCAAAAUAAAAUACUGUUGAUUGUCUUUUUAUUAAAAGUAAAUUUCCUCAUUAAACCAACCUGCCUUCUGUAAAGUCACAGUGAUAGAAAUCUCAGGAUUUUCCAUCAGAAAAGACCUGUCAUUUAGGACUUGUAGGUAUAAUUGCUUAGCCUCCAUUAUUGGUGCUUGGGAUAGAGGUUUUACAUUCUUCUGUUUUUGUUCUGCUUCAAAGCUCAGUUUAUUGAAGACAUAUUUACAGGCUGUUUCACCAUUGCUUGAAUGAAGAUUUUUGACCAAGAUGGGCUUAAACAUUUCUGUGGUUUCAGAAUUGUGGUUUGAGAAAUGGCCAAUUUUAAUCAUUGUCCUUCUUAUUAUAAAUGAAUGUUGGAGUAAACAAGUUGGAGAUAAAUACUUCAUGAAAACUAGCUAAUGUCUGAACUCAAUUACCUGUUUUAUGUCCAGGAGCUCCUAUUUGAUAAUACAGUUCUGAGAAACAUUUCAUUUUUAAAGGCUACAUCUGACUAAAACAAUUAUAGUUAUUGGCAUGUUGGGAUAGUAAGGACUGUUGGAUUGUUUUGAUGAACUGAAAGGAGCAUUUUUGCAGUCUAUUUACAAGUUAUUCAAUAUUCCUUUGCUGCUCACCUAAAAAUAAGUCUUAACUAUUCAUCAAGCCCUCUACUUGUUGUUACUUCACUUGGAAUUUGUUGCUGUUUUUACUUGAUGUAACAAAACUAUACCUCUGAAUGUUUAUUGAUACUUUUUACUAAAUCAGACAUGUAUUCUUUCUCAAUCCAAAUUAGUGAAGUUUUAUCAGGGCUGAAAUAUCUCUACUUGAAUUGUGCUCUAAACUUGGUGUUUGGUGAUCCAGGGGCAGGUAUCCAAUAGUAAGAGCAUGUCUGAGUGGCAACUUAAGCAGUUUCUGUGGUGGCCUUUUUACAUUCCCCAACAUUCAGACACAUGUCUUCCAUUUUUCAUUUUCCUUUUUCACCUCAUUUUACUUCACUUCUCCCCCCUCCCAUCCCUGCUUAUUUCUUAAGCCUCCUGAUGGCAUCUAUUAAAUGGUAUUUAGGACUGAUGAAUGAACAAUGCUUUAAUACCCUUCCCAAUAUAACACAAUUAAGGACCCAUUUAAAAUUUUCUAAAGCACUGUUUUCAUCUGGAUAAUGACAAGUUUGAGCCACCGUCCCAACUCUGCAAUUCAGCAUGCAGUGCCAGUGUUCCCCCAUAUCCCUUCUCCCCCUGACAUCACACCACACCUUGUAAAAUUGGGAUCAAAGAAGUCUCAUUCUGGGAUUGUUAAUCUAAGGAUAAAAACACUGAUUUUAAUACUGUUUUACUAGUUUCUGCCUUUUAAAGUAGGUAGGCCUAUGGGUUUUAUUCUGGAAAUCACUGAUGGUCAUGACAACCAUUAAUUAUGUUUGUAUUAUGUUAUUUAUCAACUAAACGGCAUUUGAAAGAAAAAUCUAAUUUCUUUAAUAUACCCUCAAAUCUGUUACUGCAUCUUUUAUUUGUGAUGCAGUAGGACACUUGCCUGUAUUAAAAGGGCCAAGAGUAAAUGCCUUUUUUGUUGAACAUGUCUAUAGAGUUGGCAGUUAAUGCUGAUAUUUGUCAAAUAGCCCUUCCAAAAGUAUACUUGUGAAAUACACAAAAAUAAAUUGAUCUACUUAAUUUC